AUGGACGCUGAAACUCUGCGUACCAUCUUGGAAGCCCAAACUAAGGGUCAGCAGCAAAUGUACACUGAGCUGAUGAAGCGUAUGGAAAAGAUGGCCUCCGCUUCACACCCAGCCGUCCCAAAAGCACCCGUCGCCACGGCCGAAUUCGUCACAAAUUCUCUAUCGACACGCUUGCCUGAGUUCGUGUACGAUCCCGAAAAUGGUUAUACAUUCGAGGUCUGGUACAACCACUACGAGAAUGUAAUCUCAAAAGACGGUGCUACGUUGGACGAUACAGCAAAAGCUCGACUAAUCGUCUCCAAACUCGACGCCGUCACAUAUGCCCGUUUCACGAAAAAUAUUCUCCCCAAAAGAGCAUGCGACUUUCCCUUUAAAAAAAAGGAAAAGGAAAGGAAUAAUAGGAAGAGGAAAGGAAAAUAA